AUGACCUAUUAUUUUUUUCAAAAAAGGAAAGCCCAUUCACUGUUCAAACCCAAGCCCACAAAAGUAGAACUCAUAUUUACAUAUGCCCUGCUCUUACAAAACCCUAAUCCCUUAUUUCGCCUCUUCAUCGUCUACAAUCCCUUCGUCGCCGGUGCCGCUUCCAAAAGGUUGAAGAAAUGGCUGAAGUUGCCAAGGCAGGACAGCUCGUUCCAGAGUCUGAAGUUGAUCUUCAACAGGGCCAAGCAGUACAGCAAGGAGUAUGAAGCUCAGGACAAGGAGUUGAUCCAGUUGAAGCGUGAGGCAAGGUUGAAGGGUGGAUUCUAUGUGAACCCUGAAGCCAAGAUGUUGUUCAUUAUUCGUAUCCGUGGUAUCAAUGCCAUGGACCCAAAGUCAAAGAAGAUUUUGCAACUUUUGCGUUUGAGACAGAUAUUCAAUGGUGUGUUUUUGAAAGUCAACAAAGCCACAUUGAACAUGCUCCACAGGGUUGAACCAUAUGUCACCUAUGGGUACCCGAACUUGAAGAGUGUGAAGGAGUUGAUCUACAAGAGAGGAUAUGGAAAGCUUAACAAGCAAAGAAUCCCAUUAACAGACAACUCUAUUGUUGAACAGGGUCUUGGAAAAUUUGGAAUCAUCUGUGUUGAAGAUCUUAUUCAUGAAAUCUUGACUGCUGGACCACAUUUUAAAGAAGCAAACAACUUCUUGUGGCCAUUUAAGCUGAAAGCACCAUUGGGUGGAAUGAAGAAGAAGAGAAACCAUUAUGUUGAAGGUGGAGAUGCUGGAAACCGUGAAAACUUCAUCAAUGAGCUAAUCAGGAGGAUGAAUUAAGAGAGAAUGGUUUUGAGGUUUGGUGUUUUGAAUGUUAGGAGGAUUAAUAGUUUGUUUUACUUAUUAUGUUUAUGUCUUUUUGAGAGUUGGAUACUUUAUUUUUUUCAAGCAAAGAGAAUGUCACAUCAUUAAGAAUGUUUUCUAUCUACUAGUUUUUUUGACUCAUAAUGCUUCUUUGGUUUUCAUCCUUGAUUUGCUAUUGUUAUCUACUAAAUUUGAAUUGGUU